AUGGCUACCUUUAUAGGAAGAGACGAAGAACUCGGAGAGGUAAUGAAUAAAUACAUUAAGUCUGAUGUAAUCGUCAUUCACGGAUUGAAAGCUAUAGGAAAAUCGUCAAUAGCACGACGGUUUUGUGACUUGGUCGAUUGUAAAUCUAUUUGGGUAGAUUUAAAAAAUGUUGUUAAUUGUGAAGGAUUACUUAAAGCUUUAGGUCGUCAUUUUUUAUAUGAGGCCUUUACCAACGAGAGCCUUGACGAAAUGUUGGUUAUUCUCACAGAAAAUAUUGCCUACAGGAAAGCAUCUUAUCUAAUAAUUUUCGAUAAUGCUGAAGAUAUAUUCAACGAAAGUCAAUUUGAAUUUGCAAAUCACAUUAUUGAGAGUCUUGCUCGAACAAAAUACAUCAAAAUUUUGGUAACAUCUAUUACUUGUUUAUCGAUGUGGAGAGAAAAUUUCGAGGAUUUUCACUUACGUCCAAUGUGUCAUCAAGACUCUGUGAAAUUAUUUCGAUAUGUAUGUCCUUCACUGAUAGAGGCAACUAAAAUUGGAAAAAUCGUAGAACUUUGUGAGGGCAUCCCUCUGGCAUUAAUUCUGUCUGGAGCCGAAAUUGCAGAUGACAGUAACCCUCUGGAUGCAGAUGAUAUUAUUGAGCUUCUUAGUAGGAGCAGAUUAAGGAUACUGAGCUCGGAAUAUUACGUUCAAGACGAACGAGUAGAUUCAAUGUAUAAAGGAUUUUUGGAUCGCCUCUCAGCGACUUUAAAAGAACAUUUGGCGGUCAUUAACUACAUACCUGGAUCAUUUAACGAAGAAGAGGUCACGGAAAUUUUAGGUAUCUACUCCAAUACAUAUUUAUCUCCUUUAUUCAUCAAAUAA